AUGCUGAACGGCGACGCUCCUGCUAGCAAGAAAAGCCGCAAGGACAAGGACAAGAAGAGCAAGAAGAGCAAGAGCAAGAGCGCGUCAACUGAACCCGAGGACACUACCGAGAAAGAGGACAAGGAAGCCAAGAAGGAGCGGAAGCGCCUCAGAAAGCUUCAGAAGGCCGAAGCUGCCGCGGCCUCUGGAGAGAGCACCCCCAAAGUUGGAAAUGAGGAGGAGGCCGGUGCUGAAGUAGCUGGAUCUACUGACGCCGAGAGCGAGAAGAAGGCCGAAAAGGCGAAGCGCAAGGCAGAGAAGGAAGCCCGGAAGGCUUCCAAGCGCGCCAAGAAGGAUGCGAAAGAGAGUGCAACCGAUUCCAGCGCUCCCAGCGGUUCCUCGUCCGAGUCUUAUCGCGAGGAUCCAGCCUUGACUGCUCUGCCGCAGUCAGAGAUUGACUCCUUCCUCUCGAAACACUUUGUUGCCGUGACGGACCCUAAGGCCUCCGCCCCGCUCAGACCCAUUGUAUCUUUCGCAUACCUCCCUGUCACUAAUGAAUCGGAGCGGGAGCCAUUCAAGAACUUCAGCGCUCCUACACCCAUUCAAGCCGCGUCGUGGCCAUUCCUGCUUUCUGGUCGGGACAUGAUUGGUGUCGCUGAAACCGGAUCCGGAAAAACCAUGGCAUUCGGCGUUCCCUGCAUACGCGCAGUGUCAUCUCUAUCGAAGAAGUCCAAGGGCCCUAGGGCAGUCAUUGUCUCGCCGACCCGAGAAUUGGCUCAGCAAAUCAACGACCAGAUGGUCAAGCUGGCCACGCCAGCUGGGCUCUCUGUGGUCUGCGUCUACGGUGGUGUGCCCAAGGAGGAGCAGCGCAGGGCUUUGAAGACCGCUUCCAUUGUCGUCGCCACGCCUGGACGCUUGAACGACUUGAUCGACGAGGGCGCCGCGAAUCUCAGCCAGGUCAAUUAUGUCGUCCUUGACGAGGCUGACCGGAUGCUGGACAAGGGUUUCGAGCAAGAAAUCCGCAAAAUCAUCUCCACCACUUCUGCUUCAAAUGCCCGCCAGACACUCAUGUUCACCGCCACUUGGCCCCCAUCUGUUCGUGAACUCGCCGCUACAUUCAUGAACGACCCCGUCAAGAUCACCAUUGGCGACAACCCCACGGGCGAAUUGCGCGCCAACACGCGCAUCACGCAGACCGUCGAGGUCGUUGACCCCCGCGGCAAAGAGCAGCGCCUGCUUCAACUGCUCAAGCAACACCAGUCCGGCGCUCAGCGCGACGACCGCAUUCUUGUAUUCUGCCUGUACAAAAAGGAAGCUACCCGCGUCGAGAACUUCCUUCGCGCCAAGGGCCUGCGUGUCGCUGGCAUCCAUGGCGAUUUGAGCCAGCAACAACGCACAUCCAGUUUGGAUGCCUUCAAGCAGGGCAAAGUCCCACUUCUCGUGGCCACGGAUGUCGCAGCCAGAGGUCUGGAUAUCCCUGCCGUCAAAAUGGUGAUUAACGUCACCUUUCCCCUGACUGUGGAGGAUUAUGUUCAUCGUAUUGGAAGAACCGGACGAGCUGGCCAAGACGGCGCGGCAAUCACCUUGUUCACGGAACACGACAAAGCGCAGUCUGGAGCUUUGAUCAACGUCCUCAAAGCCGCCAACCAGCCUGUCCCGCAAGAGCUUCUCAAGUUCGGCACCACGGUCAAGAAGAAGUCGCACGACGCAUACGGUGCCUUCUUCAAAGAUACAGAGGACAUGAAGCCCGCGAAGAAGAUUACUUUUGAUGAUUAGACAAUCCCUUACAUCCAUUAUUUGUUGCCAGCAAGGGACCAGUAGAGGAUAUUGCAUCUCAUGAAGCAUUUGGGUCAAAAUCUAUAUCUCAGCGAGAUAUUUGCUAGAGCGAAGUUAGAUGGCAGACACCUAAAAACAGCGAGCAUCUAGAGUAUCGCGAGCGCUCUUACUCUUUUUUGAGACAAAAACAUAAGGUGCAUUCUAGAGGAUAUCAUAUAGAGGGCAAGAUGGGAGAUUAGGAUUGUAGUUAUUUUUUGUUUAAAGACAGAUGGGAACAGGCAUGGUCUUGAAAAGUCUUUCUAUUGGUUAGGAUAUAUAUAUAAUUCAACGUUGAUGAUUUCUACUUGAUUGAAAGCUCUGAAUUGUAAGCAAAUGGUCCGUGUGAGGCUACUUUGAGCGGAGCCGAGUAUGUUUUUCUUUUUUUUCCUGAUUUGAGGUUUAUGAUUUUGGCCGAAGC